AUGCGCACCCGUGGCCUUCGGUUCAAUCUCAAGUCCUACGUCGACUCCUCCAUGGCGGCUCCUCAAACCCCCAAAUCGGUCAAGGGUCCCAAGUGGAUGGACGACGAUGUGCCCAUCAUUGACCCCGAAGAAUCCUUCUCGGAUGUUGUCUUCAAAUUGUCCACGUACAUUUCCAAGGCGAUUGAUGCCGCCUACACUUACGAACAGCUUCGAACCACCGUGGCAGGCCAAAGUUUGAGACCCCUGAUCGCCAACCUUAGCGAGGAAUGUCACCAUCCUGCUGUCGUUGCUGCUUUGCUGGCUGCUCGUUACCUUUUCACGAAUGACUCGGGGCACAUAGACGCUGCACUUAACGAAAGCAGAGGUCUUGCCUGUGAGCUAGUUGCGUGGCAGUUCCUGACCUUUUUGUCGGAGAAGGAGUUGAUUGAUUACCUGCUCUAUGAACUUCCUGAGUGUCCCGAAGAGCAUAACUCUUCUCCAGAAUCACCUGAGAACCAUCCCAACCGGGCGGGUGGUCACGAUGGGUCUGAUGAAAGGGCGCCGCUUCUGCGGUCUCACUCCAGUCUUCAUGACGGCCUGAGACCUCCUAAGAGAGCCAGCAUUUCCUACACGCGUGGUACUGCGAAUGGUUUUCGAGAUGAGGACCCAGCUGAUACUGCGGGUAUGAAUCUGGAGGAGUUGAUGGCUGGAAUGAACGCGCUGGAGAUUGCAGCCAUCGGAGAUGCGAAGAAGUUCCUGUCCCAAACACCUGUGCAGAAGAUCGUCGAGGAUAUCUGGAAUGGCGACGUCAUCUUCUGGGAAUCGCUUUCGGUCCACGCUGUCAAGAAGCCUCGAGCUUAUAACAAACGCGUGGCUGACCCCUUCACUCGCCUCAGGGUGCCCAAAUAUCAGAAGGCGUUUCAGAUUGCUUUCUUCCUGUCCUUUCUGCUGCUCUACUAUGCCGUUUUGGUGGAGCGCAACCCGCAGCACAUCACUCCGACAGAAAUCUUGCUGUAUAUCUGGAUCGCGGCAUAUGCAUAUGAUGAAAUUGGUGAGGUCAUGGAUGCUGGCUUGAUGUUCUAUCAGGUCGAUUUUUGGUCGCUAUGGGAUCUCGGUAUCAUUGGGGUCAGCGCGGCUUUUGUUGUGACGCGUGUUAUCGGACUUGUCAGAGACAGCGAUUACAUUACCGACAUGGCAUUUGAUAUCCUGUCGAUGGUGGCUUUGUUUCUUGUCCCCAGGAUAUUCUCGGUCAUGAGUUUGAAUCCUUACUUCGGUAGCUUGAUUCCUGUUUUGAAGGAAAUGACAAAAGCAUUCUGCAAGUUUAUGCCUGUCAUCAUUGUCCUCUACCUGGGAUUUCUGACUACCUUCACCAUGCUGGCCCGAGACCGUAUGACACUUAACGAGAUGUCAUGGAUGUUGAUCAAGGUCUUUUUUGGUUCGAGUUACCUGGGAUUCGACAUGGCUGUCAAGAUUUCUCCCGUGUUUGGAUAUCCAUUGAUGCUGAUUUUUGUUUGCUUGACCAACAUCCUACUCAUCACGUCCCUUGUGUCGUUGGUUUCGAAUUCAUUGACAGAGGUCAUGGCCCAUGCCAGGGAGGAGUACCUCUUCCAGUAUUCGAUAUACGUCCUCGAGAGCAGUACCUCGAACCGGCUGACCUACUUCAUGCCACCGCUCAAUCUAUUCCCUCUGACCAUUCUGCGGCCGCUUCGGCUGUUCUUCCCUUCGGAGGAUGUCCGGCGAAUCCGCAUCUUCGUGCUCAAGGUUACCCACAUCCCAUUUGUGGCUAUGAUCUGGGCCUACGAGAACUCCAGAGGUAUUGUCUCCCGGCGACAUUCAACAUUGAGUAAAGCUCCGCACUUGACCACCCGACCCCUUAGUGCAGGGCAGUUUAGUUUCGAUAGCCCCCGAGAUCACGCCAAGUCGCCCUCCACUCAAAGAGCGCUUCCCGAGACACCAACAGCCGCGGGGACCGACGUGGGUGGUGAUACCGGGAAGUCUGCCUCGGGCAGUGUUGAUAAUGCCGACUUGCUUGUUCUUGUUCAGAAGUUGAGUGCUCAAGUGGACGGGUUGACGGCGAUGGUUGCUGGCCAGCAAAAGGACUGA